AUGUUAACAUUGAUCUCAGUUUGCUCUUAUUUAUUUUAUACACAUAAAGAUUCUAUAUUAAGUUUGGUGGGGUUAAAUAGCGAAAAUGGGAAUGCCGAUCACCAAAAUGAGGGAAAUAUUCAGAAUAAAAAAAAAAGGAAAAAAAAAAAAAAAUAUGAUGACGAAGUAAGAUAUUUUUCAGAUUCGUAUAUUCGUAAAAAAAUGUAUAUAUUAAGAACAUAUAGCGAUGUUGAUUUUCAUAAAAAAAUAUAUUAUAAAAAUUGA